AUGGCGUCUAUUAUUUCAUGUAUUUUUUUUAGCCUCUCUUUGAGUGUUGACAUCCCUCUGAUACCUCCGCGCUUUCGUUAUGAUUUCAGGUGUAUCACUUGUGACACAAUCUAAUUGAUGUUAAUGGUGGUGAAUCGAGACAAAUUGCCAUGUGUGACAGCAUCGACCUAUUGAAGGCAGCCAUUGCCCAUAAAGAGUUUUUAAUGAGGGUAGACAAGUAUCCGUGUUUGUAUGGUGGCCCGCACGCUCAAAACGCACUCAGGAGGUAUGAACGGAAUGAAGUGAUUGUUUAACAAUGCAUGAGACUGGUGGAAGCCAAGUGUCUAUUUUGAUCGUUUGUCUUAAAAAACCUAUCGAAAUUGACUUUUUUUAUCUGUUGGGCCAAUACGUGUAUUUCGGUGCGACAAUUACUUUUUUAUAUAAUAAUAAUUUAUUCAUUUAUAGUGCGCUUUUUAACAUGCUAGGUGAUCAAAAGCGCAUGCCAAGAGAGGAAGUUAGCAUGUUCCAAGUAAAACCGUCCCAUAACAGUCAUGUUGUAAAUUGCAAAAUACCGUACCGCGUGUUUGACAGAGGGUGUCGGGCUACGAGCAGGUGGAGUGCUAUACAGACCUCUCCUCGCAGGUCUCAUAUUCUUGUCUCAUUCAUGGGUUACUAAUGUUAGUAUGUGUAAUCAAUCGUGGAUUUUUGACAUAUUUAUCCUGAGUUUUAUUGUAUCGAUCGAGAACUCAACGCACUAGAACGUUUAGAGCUUAAAUUUGGCUGCAGUUUAGAAUUUUCAGAACUUUUUGACAAAUACCUGUUAGAGGCCUUCUCGUUGUGCUCUUUUUAAUGCCCUGGCGUCUUCAUUCAUAAAAUUUUAAAGCUCCGUGCAAACGUACGCAGCAACUCCCAACAUUGUUGGCCCAACAAUUUUUGGAGGUUUUGUGUCGUCCGUUUGCACGGAGCUAAACGUUUGACCGAUUUCAAACUUUGCGUAACAACUUUAAAAAAACAUGCAACAACAUGCAACAGGGUGUGCAAACGGGCGCAACACGUAACAUCCAACAAUCUUGGGAGUUAUUGGCCAACAAUGUUGCGUCCGUUUGCAAGGUGGGCUUAAAACUUUGUCUUUAUCUUGGCACUGGGACGUACGGAAGACUGCCAUAAUUUUGUAAUUUCACAUGUGAAAUUAUAUUUAACGCUGAAAAAAUUUCGCGCCAAAAUUAAGGCGUAAUACGUUAAGCAUGAUAUUAAAUAGGCGGUGCUUGCUUCACGAUCAUUCAUGUUGAUUUUUAUCCUCAUUAUUUGACGUCAUCAAGUAAUGUUAUGACAAUUUCUGAUGCAGGCCUUACAGUACCCUUUGACUUCUACUGUCAUAGAUUUUAAAAUUUUCAUAGUUCAUGGAACUUGAUGACGUCAAAUGACGUAAGUAGUUUAUCAUGACCUGCGAUGAUUGCCGUCUGGGAUAAGGCACCUUGGAUUUGCCAUAAUAGGGCAAAAUACACUAAUAAAAAAACAUGCUGAGCUAAUGUUAACUUGUUUUAGAAUAAAGAAUCAAAGGGAAGGAAAGGGGAAAAUAUUUUGGUGUUUUUCUUAUAACUUACACAUACUACUGAUACACUGAGUAUUGUUGGUUUUCACAUGACGUCACUAGAAUUGAAAUUACAAAACUAUCGAUCUACUGAGAUUUUACUUUCAUGAUGUAUUAGAGCAGCUGAAAACUAAUGUUCAUACAAAUUUUCGCUUCAAAAGGGUUCUUGGUUUUGUGUUUGAGUACGCUUUAAUUUCUAAGCUUUUGCGUGACGCGUCAUUUAUAUGACGGCCGGGAGGGCUGUAACGUAGGUUACAAAAGUGACUUUUUUUGGGAAAUUUUGCAAUUUAAACAGUUUACUUAUUAGAAUAAGUAUUACUUUAAUGUUUAUGAGUUCCUCGAGGGAUAAAUUCACGCCUUUGUAGCAAAACUCGGUAACAGAUGUUUCUGUCGGUUUCCGUCCGCCAUGUUAGAGCCCAUCCAGGUGGGCACCAGCAUGACGUCUCCAUACAAAUUCCUAUAAAUUUGGGUAAAACAUUUCUUCCGAUAUCUCGUAUACGAAAUAUUCCUCUGACCCGAACCUUGGCGAGGGUCUUUGUAUAUUUACCUCCUUUCAUUUCCCAGAUUCUGGACUUAAACUAUCAAACGUUUUUUAUUUUUAUUUCGAUCUAUUUUGAAUGGCAUGACACUGAUUUUUUACUUAUCAUUUAUUUAAUGUAGACAUAGGCGGUGUUUAUUUAAUUGAAUUUGUUCUUAGUUUUUAGCAUGCGUAGUUCUUAGGUUUUAGCUUCAAUGAGUUUCUGGGUCAGGGGACUGGGUAACCACUCCCUAUGUGUUUGACGUUAAAUAAUAUUUCGUUAAUUUCAUUUCAUUUCAUUUGUUUUGUCAUAAAUUACAUAUAAUACAUUAUUUUGGAAUUAUAGUCUGACAACAUAUCAAUUGAUGUUAUACAUAUAUUACUUUAAUUAAUGUUACAAAUAUUCAAAAUGUCAAUUAAUGCCAAGGAAGCCUGUGGAAGCUGUUGGUUGAUGAACUAUAGCUUCCCAAGAAUAUUGUGGGAAAAACCUGUGAACUGAAUUAAGGGUACUUGAAAGAAAAAGAUUUUUUUGAAGAGAAAGAAAAUAAAUUACCAGAUCUUAUCUUGUCUUACCUUCUCACACGGGUGUUUUUACUUUGGUGUUUAGAUAUGAAUUAUUCUGGCUUCCACUAGUUGCUCAGUCCCCAAAUGUACCAGCAGCCGCUCCACUUGACAUUGCUUGGGUUUGGCACGUGCACAUGCUUUCACCCCUCAGCUAUGAAAGGGAUUGCAACGAAAUUGUUUCUACGUUCGUGGACCAUAAAGUUCUUGUAGGAAUUAGGCAAAUUUGGGCGCGUGAACACUGGAGGCGCUUGUGGAGCGAAUUGUACGACAAUGAGCCUUUUGAUGUUGACCUGAGUGCCCCUGCCAGUAACGUGCCACAUGUGUCAAGAAUCCAAUAUGAUAUCGUAAGUGCAUGCAGUCGACAAAGGGUCUUUAAUUAUCAGGUUUCCCUACCCCAUUACGGUGACGAGAAGUUUUUAACGAAAGCUCUUGAACGAUACAAACAGCACCUAAAGUUCGUGCAACAGCAUCCCAAUACGUUCUUGGUACCAUGUUUUGACUCUGAUCUCAUUUGGCAUUCGCACCAAGCCCAUCCGCUGGCCUACAGGACAGACACAAUAAAGCUUCUGGGAAAGGUCCUUAACCACGAUGAUUCAGCAAACGACCGACGGGCAGGCUCAAAACGUUCAACAUCCGCACAAACAACAGAACAGCUGUGGUCAGCUGCUAACAUGGAGUACGAGAGAAGAGGAACCAUGUUUCGAGGUGAACCUCCAUUAAGUAUUGGAGAGAACGAUAAGCCCGUCGAUUAUUCUUCGAUGCGGGUGAAUGAAUACACCGUAGAUGUUAUCAAGAUAGAGAUUGGAAUUUCCGCAUCCAAGUGCUACAAAGUGAAAAUUGAUGUAAAAGAAAAUAUCGAUGGAAAGGCCAUCAAGAAGAGAUUUAAAGGACCCGCCACUGAGAUUUAUAAGCCCUCUGGGGUUCCUCUAUCAAAGUUUGUCUUCAGAACAGAAAUCAACAACUUUUUUCAGGUAAGAUAGUUUCCUAGAAUAACACAGACGUUCAGUGUUCAUUUUCAGUGAGUUUUCAAGAUUUUUGCUGCUUCAUCUUCUAAACACAUUUUCAUCUUUUAAUAAAGCCGUCCGCCACUUUAGCUUUUAAUUCAAGUUCACUUUUUAUAGCUAUAGUAUGUAGACGUUAGUAUUUAUAUGGCAAACUAGUUUAGUUUUUCUUUUUACUUUUAAUUACCUUUUCUUCUCUCUGCUUAUAAGCAUGUAUCUUGCUAGAGGUUUAGUCAAGUUCAUCAGCCCGAGAAACUAUUACUACUACUACGACCAUUACCACCAUCACCAUCACCGCCAAGAUCAUCAUUACCACCAUUACCAGCACCAUCAUCAACACCACUACCAUCACAAUCACCACCUCUUACCCGCUUGAAAGACUAUCACUGCUACUCACUAUCACUACUAACAUCACCACCAUCAACACCAACACCGCCACCACCACCACCACUACCACCACCACCACCACCACCACUACCACCAUCAUCAACACCACUACGAUUUCAACCACCAUCACAUCUAGCACUACUACAAGUACAUCAUGUUCCCUAAAAGCUGCAUUCCUCAUAACCAAUCACAACCGAAAAAGUUUAGUUGUGUAUUAUUAGAAGAUUAUGAUGGUGCAUUUCUUCCUGGAUGUUUGAUUGUUUUAUUUACGUUAGUAUGUAAAGUUGACACUUCAAGGGAAACAGUAA